CAAGAGAGCCCUCUGAUAUUUCAAUCUCUUAUCAAACAAUCUGAGUCUCUCACACCCUCUCAACCUUCAUUUCUUUAUCUAUCAUCAAAAACAUGAAGCAACAAAGCAAUCCCAUUUUCAUUUUUGGAUCUCUUCUCAUUUUCCUUCUUCUCUGGCAGUUAACAUCAGUCACAGCACAAGAAGUUGAGGAUGAGACAGAUUUUGAUUAUUACAAAGGAAGCGUAAAGGGUCCGGAGCGAUGGGGAGAGAUAAAGGAAGAAUGGGCAGCUUGUAACCAUGGAGAAAUGCAGUCUCCGAUUGACAUGGCGAAUCGGAGGGUGAAAAUAAUCAGAAAAUCAAAGGAGCUAGUGAAGAACUACAAGACUUCCAAUGUAACAGUGAAGAACCGAGGCCACGAUAUAGCGGUUAAAUGGACUCUUGGUGAAGCUGGAUCAAUUAAAAUCAAUGGCACUGAGUACCAACUCCAUCAAGGUCACUGGCACUCUCCUUCAGAGCACUCCAUCAAUGGCAGAAGGUAUGCCAUGGAACUACACAUGGUUCAUGAAAGCCCACAAGAGAACGGAGAGACUAAGAUUGCUGUAAUUGGUGUCUUCUACAAGAUUGGUCGACCCGAUCCUUUUCUCACUCAGUUGAUGAGGAAUAUAUCAGAUAUGAUUGAUCAGAAAGAUGAGAGACACUUUGGGAUGGUUGAUCCAAGAGAUAUCAAAACGGGUGGCAAAAGAUAUUACAGAUACACGGGCUCGCUCACUGUUCCUCCUUGUACUGAAGGUGUUGUUUGGACCAUUAAUAAAAAGGUGAGAACUGUUUCGAGGGAACAAGUGAAAUUACUCAGAGAAGCUGUUCAUGAUUAUGCAGAGCAAAAUGCAAGACCACGGCAAUCACUCAACGAUCGAGAGAUUCGCCUCUAUAAGCGCUGGUAGUAUCAUAGAGGGAGCACAUAAUAACCAUUCUUCUACAUACACAAAAAUUAAUUACAGAUUCAGAUAUGACUCUCUUGCAUAUGAGAUGCGAUCCGGUUCUAUAGUCAAAUUCUGUGUACUUUAAAAUAUUCUAAAAAUAAUUGAUGAGAGGAGCUAUCGACACAUUAUUGUUACUAUUUAUUUUUUAUUUCUGGCUGGAAGAUUCUUUUUUUUUAAAAAACUCUAUCCAUUUAUUAUCAAUCAUCUUAUUAAUGCUAACAUUUUGGUGCUUUA